AUGAACACAACUUCGUCAUCGUCAGCGGCGGACAUCGGCGUGGCGGCGUCCCCCUGGCUUCCGCCUGUUAUUACUGCCGUCGCGCCGCGGCGGAGCCCGCACGCUGGGAACGCCAGCGUUCGGCAGAAACCGCGCAGGCUCGUACUAGUAUCUACUACUGCUAUUACUACUAGCAGAUGCGAUCUCGCAGAUCUUGUGGUUCCGGUGGACAACACCUGCGGAGCCAGUUUUGCCGCGGUGACGCCUUCCGCCGCCGCGCGCAGCCCGCACGCGGAAGUUGUUCGGCGGAAAGCCGCGCCGUCGUUCGAGAUGGACGCGGAGUGGCGCGACGAUGCGGCGGCGGCGGCUUCCGCGAAGCCUGCGCUCAGCGGAUGCUCAGCUGCAGAAGGCGCAAGCGUUAAGCAAGGCGGAGGCGACGAGGGUGCAAGAGCAAUCUCAGGCGACAAAGGCGCAAAGACUCGGAAGUCAGUCGCGGAAAGCAGCGCCCCCCCUGAAAGCAGCGCCACCGCAGAAAGCAGCGCCACCGCCGGUCACUCGCCUGAUGACAGCGCUGGCGCGGACGUCGGCCGGUGUUUCCCCCGCCUCUUGCACAGCGGGCCGCGAGCGGAAACUCUUACGGGUGGGCGGAAGAUACGCGCCGGAGGUUCCGCCACAAGUGUUCCGCCUGUGCGCGGGGCUUCCGCCGACCGUUUCCGUUUCCUCCGCUCCCGGUCGACGUCGCACUUGGAUGAGAGAAGAGGGGGAGGGGGAGGGGGAGGGGGAGGAGGAGGAGGGGAGCUUUCAUUAUUCGAAGGGGCGGGUGUUGAAGCAGCAGCAACAGCAGCAGCAACAGCAGCAGCAACAGCAGCAGCAUCUCAGCAAAAGCAGGAACCCUCUUCUCCUGCCAACAUCUCUUCAGCCUCUCCUCCUCUUGCCGCCAUGGCAUCUUCACCUCGCCAUCCGUCCCAUCCGCCUGUUGAUGCGUCCCAUUCGCCCCAUCCACCCUCGUCGCAUUCACCUCGACUAGUGCCCUCCCCUCGAUCUCGACUGAGCUGUCACCUCGUCCCCUCUCCUCGACUAGCUCGCCUCCUCUUCACCUCCUCACCUCCCCAUCGCGCCCUCGGUCCGCCGCCUUCGCACAAUUGCCGAACCUCUCGCAGGGCAGCAUCGGCGACAGAACGUGACUUUGUGGCUUUCGCGAAUCUCGGAAAUUUUGGAGAUUCCGAGGGAUUCGAGGCGUUUAAGGCCCUCGAAGCUGCAAGCUCUACUAGUAUGCACGGCCAUACUUCAAGUCGCUCCGACUCGUUCCGCCCCACGAGUGCCCGCGCCUCUGCUGCUGACAUUGUCAGAAACGGAACCAUCCGUGGCACUUAUGAUGAAGAGGAGGAUACGCAUGACGGAGUCAUGACGGCGCGGUCAGUGCAGCGCGACGGGGCAGCAAGGGGAGUUGCUGUGGAGGAAAAGGGCGGUGCAGCAAGGGGAGUUGCCGUGGAGGAAAAGGGCGGUGCAGCGAGGGGAGUUGCCGUGGAGGAAAAGUGCGGUGCAUCAAGGGGAGUUGCCGCGGGGGAGCAGUCACAUAGGGAAGAGAUCUGUAGCAAGCAAUCACCUAUGGACGCUCCAAGAUUUCCCAACCUCCCCAUCUCCCCUCCCUAUCCCCCUUCCGUCGGCCCAUCCAAGCCCCCGCGAUUCCCCACUCAUUCCCCCAAGCUUUCCCUGUGCAACUCCAUCCUCCAAGUUCCCCCAUCCGGGCCUCCUGCUCUUCCCCCAUCCGGGCCUCCUGCUCUUCCCCCAUCCGGGCCUCCUGCUCUUCCCCCAUCCGGGCCUCCUGCUCUUCCCCCAUCCGGGCCUCCUGCUCUUCCCCCAUCCGGGCCUCCUGCUCUUCCCCCUUCCGGGCCUCCUGCUCUUCCCCCAUCCGGGCCUCCUGCUCUUCCCCCAUCCGGGCCUCCUGCUCUUCCCCCAUCCCGGCCCCCAAGCUCUUCCUCCAUCCGGGCCUCCUGCUCUGUUGACAAUCCCGGGGGGGAGCGGCUUGGUGAAGAGGCAGCAGGGCGGGUAGUGGUCCCAAGCCUGAGGGCUGGCUUUAUCGGAGGAAAAGGGGAUAGCCCCAGCCGCCCUUGCUCUGGUUCUGAGGCGCCUCAAGAAGAGAAUCUGCACUCACACCAGAGAAGAGAGGGAGUUGGCGAUGGUGGGCAAAGAGAAGGAGUUGGUAGUGGUGGUGGGCGAAGAGAAGGAGUUGGCAGUGGUGGUGGGCGAAGAGAAGAUGUGCCCCACGGCUAUUUUUCCUCACUGCUCCACCCUCUCUCUGUCCCAGGCAGUCUGAGAGUGGAGCAAGUUGCACACCAGUUGAUGAGAGUGGGGCAAGAUGCGCAGCAGCUGACAGGGAUGCACCAAGAUGGUCAACACUUGGUCUGGUCGGCAGAUGAGGAGUCCUGGAAGGGUGGGCAGGAGGAGGUCUCUUGA